GCUUAUACGAAUUCGGAGAAAAUGUUUUCGUUCAGGACGCCGUUUGAAAGCGAAAAGCUCCAACUUCAGGAGCUCAAUCAAAGGCUUAGUCAGUACUUGUCGAGAGCAAAGUUAUUAGAGCAAGAAAAUGCCUGCUUAAUAAAGGAAAUACAUACGAUUCGACAAAACAGGUCUGGAGAAUGGGAGAGCAAGCAGAUGGCCGAACUGCGAGAGAUGAGGCGCUUGGUGGAACAGUUGUCUUUUGAGAAAAAUAAAGCAGAGAUGGAACGAGAAAGUCUCCGCAAAGAAUUUCAGCUGAUCCAAGUGAUGCAUUCUGAUGAGUCCGCUGUAAACAAAGGUAUCGAUGGUGAACUGAAAGGCUGUGAAAGGCAGCUCCACCACUCUAACCAGACCAACAAAGCACUGGAAGAGUGCUUGCUUCAGCUUGAGAAUGAGUAUGCUUUUUUGGAAAAUGCUCAUAGAAAGGAAAUUGGCUACCUUAGGAACCAGACGCACGACCGAGCUUUACCUGUUGUGACUCAAACAUAUGGACCAGCAGCAGUUGGGACGGACGAAGUCCAAGAGUACGCGCUUGCCCUGACCGACAGCUGGGGGGAUACUUUAGAGAUGUAUCAGCAAAGGGCUGAAGAAAUUGAAGAAUCGAUAAAAGCGGAUCGGGCGAGACUGGAAGACAUUAGAAGAGAGAAGAUGCAAUACGCUUCGGAACUGAAUAAACUGAGAGAAGAAUUGGAGAAACAAUCCCGCGUGCAGAUGGAUCUUGAGGAACAGUUCGUGAACAUGCAAGAAAACUUUAGAGGAGAGGUCAAUCAGUAUCAGAUGAUUAUUGAAGAGCUGGAACAUGAGCGCAGUCUUCUGGCCAACACUAUUUCAGAAAAACUAAAGGAUCACCAGGACCUCCUACAGGUCAAGAUGGGGCUUGGUAUGGAAUUGGCUGCAUACAGGGCACUCCUGGAAGAAGAAGGAAAACUUGCUCAGAUGAGGGCUAAUCGUCAUUCAAGAGAAAGAAUAAUAGAUAUUAAACUGCCAACUGAACAUUACACUCCUAGGACCUCCACCAUGACAGCUAUUCAACCACAAAUGGGAAGGCAUUUUAUGGGGUAUGAUGUCAGAUAUAUGGAGCCCAUUUUCAAAUUGAGAAAAUCCACUGAUUCCUAUGAAGCCGUCAGGACUGUACCUAUCACUGUGAUGAGCCAAGCCAAACAGAGCCCUGCUGCAAGAAGGGAUAUGAUCUCUUUCACCGAAGCAACACAAGCCACAGCUACAAAAAGUGUGCCCAUACAUGUCGUCUCAGCCAGUGGGAGAACCAAAGAAGUGGUGGAGGACACAAGCGUGAAAAUCAUAGGGGAGUCACAGGACCCACCAAGGACCCACCCUCCCCAGUCAGAAACAGGAAACGAGCCUGUAUCCAUGGUUUCACCAACAGCAGAGCUGAAAUCGGUGAGAGUUGUGUCACCUCCCAUGAUGAGCCUCAGCACCACAGACGAAAUACAGAACGUUGUUGAUACAGGGAACGCUGAAACUGGUCCUGCCAAAGCAACAGUGAAACCAGUUGAAACACAGUUUGUCCAACAGCAGGAGUCCCAAGAUGAUGAUCAAAGAGAUUUUCAAGCACCUGGAAAAGUGGAACCGAAGGUAUAUGAAGGUAAGGAACAAAUAUUAGACUCUGUGUCCAUGGAAGAAAUUAUUGAGAAGGUAAUAAAACCAGUGGGAUUGGAUACCAAGCUCGGCUCAUCUGCUGAUUCAAAGAUCACAUGCCAUGUAGAGAAAACAGAGCAAGAAGAUGGAAGCACUAAGACCCAGAUAGUCCUGCAGACAAAAGUGGAAGAGGAUGUAGAUUUGUCAGAUGACUCUGCUCUCAAGGAACUCCUCAGUAAAGGGGUGAAAAAAGUCUCUCUGGAGGAUAUUGAGGGUACCCCAACAGGAAGCAUGAUUCAUAAUCUUCUCAGUCUUGGUCUUCAAGGUGAAAGUUUAGAAAACAAAUCUGUUAAUGUGGAGAUAAUAGAGGAGCCUGUAGAAAGUGAUGAAGAAGGGCAAGUUGAAAUUGAGGAGACUAUGGAGAUAAAGUCCAAUCCUUACUUCAAGGCCUCGGCAAUGUUCUUGAUUGAAGAGUCAGAGAAUGAACCUCAGACAACGAAACAACAUGAGAGUACAGAUGAGACUCUGAAAGCCUCAGGACAUGGCAUUAGUGGAUCUGUGCAUGUUCAGGAGAUGUCCAGAGAUGAGAGUCUGCCAUACUAUUCUCAUGGCCAAGAGACUCAGGAGUACAUUGUUUCUACCCCUGAAGACAAUAUGUCUGAAUCAGAGGAAGGUGGUGGAAUUAUGUCUUAUGGACAUUAUGGAGUUGUGGAAGACCUUUCAGAUGAGAGAUACUACCAGGAAGAAACUCUUCCUACAAGCACGAGGUACUCUGACGAAGGUGACAGAGAGACACUUGUGUAUGUCGAAAGAGACAGUUUUCCAGAGUGUAUAAUUGAAGAAGAGGUACAUGUUUCUCCAACGGUGCAAGAGUCUAUACUGGAGGUCCUGACAGAAGGGUCAUUGGACCCCAGAGAGCAGUUGGAGGGGACACUGGAGCAAUUGGAGGCAACAGUGCCUGGAACCCUGAAUGAAGAGCUUUCACUUCUCAGACAGGCUGAUGAAGGUUCCGACAUUUCCAUUGAUAUCAAAAAAGUAGAAAAGGCCUCAGAUAAUGGAACCACGACCAUUGUGGCACAGGUCAAUGUCACUCAGUGCCUGGAGGAAUCGGAGCUGCUGGAUGAUCAGGCAGAUGACCUGAACCAAGAACAGGUGAUGGCAGCACUACAAUCCUCCCACCCUGAGCUGGACCAAGCCUUCGCUGCUGGAGCUGAUGGAGGCGAUAAGAUGAGAAUCUCCAAAACAGAGGUCCAAAUGGAGGACAUGCCAUGGAUGACCAACCCUGAGGAAACUGAAGACUCGUGUUUAGCUAGUGAAUUUGGUGAGACAGAGAAAAUCAUCAGGCUGGAGCCUAAUGAGAGAUCCUUCAGUUUGCAAAUGGAUAACAACAGCUCAUCUGUGUCAACAAGCACAGGAGGAGAAGAUUUUGGAGGACAGAGAGAGGACGAGGACAGUGUCCAAGAAUGUUUACCAGCCCAGGAGACUCACCCUUCACUGACAGACACUCAUGAGAAAAGAGUUGCUACCAUUUACCUGGAAAGCUCAAAGGAGGAUUAGCUUACAAAAUUGUUUAUUUGCCAGAUAAGAUUUCCGUUUAGUCACAUUUAAUCACUCAUAAUCUAUUCUUUGCUAUUUAGACUUUUUAUGUGAAUUAACUCCUCUUUAAACUUGUGAUGAGGUUUUAUUGGAAAUGACAAAUAGCAUACAGCUACACUUGUAUUAAAAUCACUGUUUGCUGUAUUUCCUUUAUCCAUUUCCUUUAUUUCUUGAAUACAUUGCUUUUAUUGGCAGUGUAUUUUUAUACAAGAUGCAUUACCUUUAUUUUCUGGUUCCAAUAAGAUACAUAGCACAAAAGGUAUUUUCUAAUUGGUAACAUACCCUAUAUGCAAAUAUAUUUGGUGUUCACCAGAGCAUUAAGAAAAAUGUUUUAAGAGAGCUUGUAAGAAAUGUAAUGUCAUGUUUAAUAGAAAUGUAAAAAUAGAUGCUGGAAGUUCAAAAAGCACACAGAACAGGGGCCCUUCAGUUUUGACACAAAACUGUUGAUUUUACCUAUGGAGUGAAACAUGGUUGGACAUUCUUUCAAAUACUGAUUUUUUUUUAAUCAUAACCACUUAAUAAGCAGGCUUUCGCAGUAUAACGUAGAUUUGACUUCUGUGAGUUUCUUGCUUUGUGAUUAACAUGACAUUUUAAGUGGUCCUUGCUGCCUUUUAGGUUCUCCAGUCCUUAAAUAACCUUAAUUCAGCAUUUACUAAUACAGCCACCAGUGCUUUCAAAAUGAGGGAAACAUUUCCAUUCCACUGUAAUAAGUGAGAGCAGCAUAGAGAGCAAAAAGUAGACUUCUAACACAGUAGUGUUUGCGUGUGUUACAUGGUUGCCAUAAAGUCUUUCAGAACCAGGGUUUACAUAAUGUGGUUAUUUUUUGGACCAUGGCACGUGUUACUGGUGGUAGUGGAGAAGAAGGAAGUAGGAGAGAGUGAGGUGAGGAGAAGGAGACAGAGAGAGGCCAGUGUACAGCAUAGUCGGCCUCUUUAGAGGGCUCUGCAGGUCUUAGAUGUUAUCAAUAAAUGAUGGUGAAGAACACGAUAAGCAAUUUGUUUCUUAUGUUCUCAAAGAACUAUUUGCAAAAAAAUAGGUGCUGCACAUGUAUCUUGUGUUUUAUAUUUUUGCAGUUAGCAUAAUGUUUUACAUUACAUGGGCAAGGAUACUAUGUACUAGCACACACAAAGACUAUAACACUUGGUUUUGGUGAAAGUACCAGCACUUUAAUUCAGACAGCUUUCAUUUAGGUGUAUGGCACAGUGUAGCAUGGAUGGCAGUUUUGUGUGUGUUCCUAAUAGUAAGGGUAUAAACAUUCUAGCCUCUUUAAUGAUUAAAAACAAAACUUAGCACAGGAUGCAUCAUUUUUAAAGAACUUAGGGACAUUGCUAAUAAAUUAUCUGCAAAAACAAUGGGAUAAUAUUUAAGAAAUCAUUUACACUAUAAUCUUAUCUUAUUAUGGUGUUAACUGAGAUUUUGAUUUCUUUAUGUUAUAUGCACAAGCUUUUUGAAAACAAGUAUAGAACAAGCAUCAUGUUUUAUGUGAUAUGCACAAUGAUAAAGCUUUUACUGUCAUCAAGAAAAACUGGAGAGGACAUAAACAGAGUUUGAGGUUUAAUGAAGAGUAAAAAGAAAGUGAAGUCUGACUCCAAAUUAUUCAAUUAUUAAUUAGUUUUUGUCACCUUUUCUGUCUGGCUAUUGGUUCCCACCUCAAAAACAAUAAACUCUUCAUGUGUG